GGAGCUUUCACUCUGGAACCACAGCUUCCGACGGCACCCCAUCGUCAUGCUUUCCCUCCGCACCAUCACGUGAACCCGGCGGCGUUUUCGCGACAAGAAUGCCAACCACGAUAAGACCCAGACCUUCAAGCGCACCUCUAUCUAUCGCCCACCGAUAUAUUCUCAUUAUUUUUCGUCCUAGUAUAAUUCUUCAAGACUAGCACUUGGCCUUUCCACAUUCCACUAUGCCUUCCGCGACGGCCACAAAGCGUGUGAGGGGCAUCUCCAUUUACAGGCCAUUUGUCUUCGGCAGCGAAGCCCAACCCUUCGACCCAGCCAAGAAACCCCCCAACGUGCCCGCUGACCACACCCACCAGUGGCGCGUAUACGUUAAAGGCGUCAACGACGAAGAUAUCUCCUACUGGCUCAAAAAGGUCCAAUUCAAGCUCCACGAGACAUACGCCCAGAAUGUCCGGACCAUCGAACAGCCUCCGUUCGAGGUAACCGAGACAGGAUGGGGAGAGUUCGAGAUCCAAAUCAAGCUCUACUUUGUCGCGGAGUCCAUGGAGAAGCCGCAGACUCUAUGGCACAGCCUCAAGCUGCACCCGUACGGGCCUGACGCGGAAGCCAUGAAGGAGCGAAGGGACCAAGUCGUGAGCCAGAAUUACGAGGAGAUCGUCUUCAACGAGCCCGUCGAGCAAUUCUAUGAUCUUCUUACGGGGGGCGCGACGCCGGCGCAACAGCAGAAGGGGAAGGGGGGCAAGAAUACUAAGCAAACCGGUCAGCGGAAUGUCAGGACGGCUGAGAUACCUCCGACUGACUCUCCAGGCAACGCUUAUAGUAAAGCAACCGAGGGCAGGGAGUUGGACCGGUUGGCGGAGGCUAGCAAAACAGUUGAGCAGCUGAUUAAGGAAGAGAAGGAACGGCUUAUUGAGCGGGAGAAGAGGCUAGCUGAACUCCGCGAGAGUGAGGGCGUUCCUGCCAACACGAAGAAGCGAUAAGACCCCGCGUUUUUUGUCCUUUGAACGUCGUGAAAGAACCCACUCGUCUCGUCGCUUCGUAUCGAGCCAUGCCAGCGUCUCCGGUGACUUCGCUCGCUGAGCAGUUUGAUGCACAUACGUUGUGAAGUUGGAAAGGAGCGCUGUGAGUCUUGCGCUUACCAGACUUGAAGACUUAUUGAAAGGUAACCGCCCAUAUUCGGAGCCUGUACUCCC